CGGUUGCCGCCACCGCCGUCGCCGCUGCCAUCGUGCCAGCCAGUCGGGCCUCGGACCCAGCAUUACCCCAGGAGCCCAGUGUUAAUUACAGAGCUUAAAAGGCAGAAGAGUUCACCUUCUAAUUCUAGAACACCAUCUUCUAAUUCAGUCCCCUCAUUUUACAGCCAUCUGGAAUGUUUGGACAUCUGCAGAGCAAUUUGCUUGGACUUAACCUGUCAGGAAUAAACAGGGGCGUGUGGUACAGUGAAAAGAUUUAGAGUCAAAGAAUCCAGGUUGGAAUCCCUUCUCUGCUUCUUGGCCUGUGACUUGGUUUCCGCUGCUAGGUGAGGAUCCAGAAUGGGAGACAAGCCGAUUUGGGAGCAGAUUGGAUCCAGCUUUGUGCAACAUUACUACCAGUUAUUUGAUAAUGACAGAACCCAAUUAGGAGCAAUAUAUAUUGAUGCAUCUUGCCUUACAUGGGAAGGGCAGCAAUUCCAAGGCAAAGCAGCCAUCGUGGAGAAAUUGUCUAGCCUUCCAUUUCAGAAAAUCCAGCACAGCAUCACAGCUCAGGACCACCAGCCCACCCCUGACAGCUGUAUACUCAGUAUGGUGGUGGGGCAGCUAAAGGCUGAUGAAGACCCCAUCAUGGGAUUCCACCAGAUAUUUCUAUUAAAGAACAUCAACGAUGCUUGGGUGUGCACCAACGACAUGUUCCGGCUAGCGCUACACAACUUCGGCUGAGCCUCCUCUUCCCAAGGCACCCACGCUGUUUCCUUCUCUCUCCUCUUCCUGAUAUUAUUCACACUUCCUCUCCCCAGCCCCCUGAGAACACUCCAAAUAUCAUACACAAGCCUGCAAGGCCGUGGUGGGUGGACACCGCGGUGGGCAGUGGCAUCACUGUUUGAGUGUGUUGUGCAUGAUGUUUGGACGUUAGACUAGCUGCAUCUGACAGGAGAAGUUUGUGUUGUACCAGCGCAUGCCUUAGGAAGACUAAGUAAUGCAAAAGGUUGUCUUUUUUUUUUUUUAAUGUACUGACAAGUUGCUCUAGUAACCCAAAGAAACGAAGGAGAAAGCAGCAGCUGCGUGUGCAGCCCCGACCUUGAUUUGUUCAGAUGUUCAAUGCCUCAUUAUACAAUAAAACCAUGAAAAUUUUCUUAACA